UGUGAUGGUCCAAAGAAAAAGAUAACUAUAGACGGUGUUGUGGUCAUAUAUCGACAUUCGUGACAUUCGAUAACAUCACCUGCUAAUUCUCAUGAUACCCUUACCAUGAAACCCACGACAUGCGCAGACCUACUAAAGACUGAUUGACCUUAGCUAUGAAUAAAACCCCCUUUGAAAUGAAGUCCCGAAAAGGACAAACAGAGCUAAAAUUGAAAAAGGUCUCAAAUAAACCCUUGAUGUCAUCUGGUGAAAACAACGUGGAAUUCGAAGUUUUACACACACCAGUUAAAAGUGACAGCGAUAAGAAAGAAUACAAGGUAAUACGUUUAAAAAAUGGUUUAACUGCUUGCCUGAUUUCUGAUCAGAAACCAACACAAGAUGUGGGAUUGUCAAAGGGAAACCAUGAAGAUGAAAAUGGUCACGAGUCGAGCGAAAUGUGUGCGGAUGAAAAUCAAGAACAAAAAUUGGCUGCUGCAAGUUUGAGUAUAGGUGUUGGCAGCUUCAGUGACCCAAAGAACAUCCCUGGAAUGGCACACUUUCUCGAACAUAUGGUUUUCAUGGGCAGUGAAAAAUUUCCCCAAGAAAAUGAUUUUAGUUCUUUUAUUUCAAAAAGAGGUGGAUCAGAUAAUGCUUCUACAGACUGUGAUGUUACAACUUUUUAUUUUGAAUGUUUAGAGAGAGACUUGAUUACUGCGCUUGACAAAUUUGCUCAGUUUUUUAUCUCUCCCUUAAUGAAAAAAGGGUCAAUUGCUCGAGAACGUGAAGCCGUAGAUUCUGAAUUUCAAAUGGUGUUACCAGCUGAUGGUUAUCGAAAAGAACAACUGCUUUUGAGCUUAGUUAAGACUGAUAGUCCUGUAAAUUUUUUUCCUUGGGGUAAUCUGACUACUUUAAGAGAUAAUAUUUCUGAAAACGAACUUUAUUCUGGUGUGCACAAAUUCAGAAAACGUCAUUAUUCAGCGCAUCGAAUGACUCUGGCAAUUCAAGGUAGACUUCCUCUUGAUGUUUUACAGUUAUAUGUAUUAGAAUGUUUUAACAAUGUACCAUGCAAUAAUCUGCCACCUCGUGACUUCUCACUCUGUAAGAACAUGUUCGAUACCACACAAUUUAGGAAGAUAUAUUAUAUUCAACCAAUUAAUGAUUUAAUACAGCUGGAUCUGGCCUGGGCUUUACCUCCCUUACUUGACAAAUACAAAAGCAGCCCAUCUGGAUGUGUUUCAUUUCUUAUUGAGCAUGAAGGAAAAGGCAGCUUACUAUCAUAUUUAAAGAAAAAGGUAUGGGUAUUGGGUCUGACAGCCGGCACUGGUCAAUCUGGAAGUGAAUCUAAUUCCAUGUAUGCAAUUUUCGCUAUGUACAUGACUCUAACUAAAGAAGGCUUGGAACAUUUAUUUGAGGUAAUUGAAAUUGUUUUUUCUUAUAUCAACAUGUUAAGAAAAAUUGGAUCGCAAGAGCGUCUUUUCCAAGAAAUGAAAACAAUAACUGACACAUCUUUUAAGUUUGCCGCUGAAGGAACGGCAGUUGAAGUUGUAAGCGAAAUGUCAGAAAAUAUGCAACUUUAUCCACCUGAGGAUUACAUUACAGGAUCUAAUCUGUUGUUUGAUUAUGAUCCUGAAUCUAUUGAAAUGGUACUAAAUUGCUUAACACCAGAUAAAAUGAAUAUUAGUGUUCUGUGUAAUAACAAUAACUUACAACCUGGGCUAAAUUUUGAUAAAACUGAAAAGUGGUUUGGUACCAAAUAUUCAGAACAAGAUAUUCCCCAACAGUGGUUAAAAAAGUGGCGAGAAGCUUCACCUCUGAAGGAAUUUGCUUUACCAACACCAAAUAUUUUUUUAACAGAAGAUUUUACUAUUCUUCAAGAAGAUGAACAGCACCCAAAGUAUCCUGAAAAGAUUCUAAGCACGGAUUUGGUGGAAUUAUGGUAUAGAAAAGACCAAAAAUUCAAACUGCCUAUUGCAUACUAUAAUUUUUAUUUUAUCAACCCAGUGGCUAUCCAAACGCCAAAAUCGGCAGCGUUGUUGGACAUGUAUAUGGACCUAUUGGAUAUUUUGUUGAGUGAAGAAGGUUAUCCUGCGGAAGUAGCCCAUUUAUCUUAUACAUUUGAUAUCUACGACAAAGGACUUACAAUGGGAGUAGCAGGGUACAAUCAGAAGCUUCAUGUGUUAAUUGAAAUGAUUACGAAGCAUUUUUUAAACUUCAGUGAUAUUUUGACGCAAGAAAUGUUCGACGCCAUGAAAGAUAAACUGAUUAAAGGCUACUAUAACUACCUGCUGGACCCCAGUGACUUAGCAGAGGAGCUGAGAUUGUACAUACUGAUAGAUAACUAUAAAACUUCGUUGGAAAAAUAUAUGGUUGCAUCUUCUAUUACAAUGGAAGAUGUAAAAGCAUUUUCACGUGAAUUUGUAAACAACUUGUUUAUUAAAGUUUUGGUACAGGGAAAUGUUGCAAGAGACCACUCAAUUAUUGUAGUAAACAAUCUUAUUACGACACUGAAAUGUCAACCAUUACCUCCUGAUACAUAUCCAAAUUUUCGUGUGACUCAAGUACCCAAAGGAGAAACUUUUUGCGUUGUAGAAUCAUUUAACAAAAAUGAUUCUAAUUCAGACAUAACCAACUACUACCAGUGCGGACCUGACACAACAAAGGAUAGUAUGAUAAUAGAACUUUUGAUGACGAUUUUAGAAGAACCACUUUUUGACACAUUACGCACAAAGGAACAAUUGGGUUAUAGUGUUAACUGUUGCGCCACAAAUACUUUCGGGAUUACAGGAUUCACAAUAACUGUCGUCGCACAGGCCACUAAGAACUCUACAGACUAUGUUGAAAAGCGUAUUGAGAUAUUUGUGAAACAAGCUUCAGAUAUUUUAGCAGACAUGUCGGAACAGUCUUUUGAAGACACGAAAAAAGAUCUUAUAAAGACAAAGCGCUGCAGUGAUGUGGACUUAUCGAACGAAUUUUCCAGAAACUGGACCGAGAUUGCAGAAGAAUUCUAUAUAUUCGACAGAACAGAGAAAGAAAUAGCAGAACUUGAGAAUGUCAAACUUUGUGACGUGCAACAGUGGUGGGAAGCCCACACUCGUGGUGGUAAUGAAGAGAAUUUUCGGAAAUUAAGUGUGCAAGUUGUAGGUUUCAAAUGUUCAGAUAAUUCCAGCGAAGAAGAAACCGAAAAUAAUUUGGUAAUACAGGAUGACAAGAAUGAAGAAGUGAAAUUGCAGCUGAACUUUAUAGAUUCGGGGAGGAAUGGAGCGGAAAAUGAAGAAAAGGAACGGCUUUUCGUGGAAGCUGUUGACACUUUUAAAGAAACUUUAUUUUUAUAUCCUCUUGUUUGCGGAUUUACUACGCACAACGGCACAACUAAAGAGUGCUCAUCUUGAAAUAUAUAUGUGUUAAAUUUUAAGCCAAUUGGUUUUGUAGUUGUUCAGAUACUAAUAUUAUCUUGCAUACAUUUGACUGUUUUCAAAAAAUUUAGGCUCAUAAAGGUAACAAUAAGGGCGGAUCUACAAUUCAUAGGUAUGAAAGCAUAUUAUUUAGCUCGCAAUUCAUUAGAACUUAAUUAACAAAAUUUUGAGAUGAUGUCACCAUCGUUUUGGAAGGAAUGAAGAAAGAAAUUUUGAUUUUGUCGUGGUGAUAUUAAUAUUUGUUAAUAAUGCACACUGAUUAGUUGUAAGAUAUAUACUUAAAAAAAAUAAUCAAAUAAAUUUCACAAACUCUCG